AUGAGCAAUCCAUCUUAUCACUAUAACAUGGGAGUUAACUACUGCUCUUAUCCAGAGAGACAGAUUGGCAAUGAAAUGAAUCUAAUAUCUUGCAAUGAAGUCAAUCAAAGAAUUGGCAACGAAAUCAGUCAAAUGGCAAGUAAUGAAAUAUACCAAAGAUCUGGCAAUCCAAUCAUUCAAAGGGUAGGCAAUGAAAUAUGUCAAAGAACUGGCAAUCAAAUUAUUCAAAGGAUAGGCAAUGAAAUAUGUCAAAGAAUUGGCAAUGAAAUGCCGCAAAAUACUAAUAACCAAGUGAAUCAAGGGACUGGAAAUUGUUACAUGGAACAGCAAGAUUCAAGCAAUCAAUCAACGAGUCUCUUAGAAUCUAUUUUGCGUCAUGGAAAGGAUGCAGUUCAGGAUGGAUAUAUAAAUUCAUGCACAGAAAGUAUUUCGCCGGAAAGCAUGGAGAAUAUGAUAUCAGUAGAGGGUUGCUUGGAAUCUACAGGAAAUACUGUGAUAAUGGGAUAUGAACCAAAUCUCUCCUUAUUGCGACCACGUAAUUAUGUUACUCCGGUGACGGCAUCCAACUCGACAAUGACGGUCCAACGAAACAUCUCCAAUCACUCAGCAUCGGAAACUGAAAACGUUGCUAAGGGACAAACCAAACGAACUAGGCAAACCUAUACACGUUACCAGACAUUAGAAUUAGAAAAGGAAUUUUAUACGUCACGGUAUUUGAGUAGGAAACGUCGUAUGGAAAUAUCAGAUUUGUUAGGUUUAAGCGAACGACAGAUAAAAAUUUGGUAUCAAAAUAGAAGAAUGAAAGCUAAGAAGGAGGGUCAAGUGGUCAUCAAUCCAACGAAUAAUAGGAUAUUAAAUAAUAUUCCAACCGCUCAAAGUUCAUCAACUAAUACUCGAUCGCGUACCAGUCGAAUGCCAAAUUCAUCAACUGUUAGUUCGAUGUGUACAAAUCGCGUAUCAAAUCUAUCAAAUCCUGUUCCAUCUACGUCAAGAGGAAUAAUUCCCAUAACUGGGCAACAACUUACAUUUCCGCAAUACGAACAACAGAAUCAACAAUAUUAUCAGCAAUACAACCAACAACAUUUUGCCGUCCCAAUGCAGCACAACUUACACAAUUCUUAUUUUGGUUAUAAUAAUAACCAUACAAUGCCUAAUAUGCAAUAUUUUCAACAGCAACAACCACAAUAUCCUAAUUACAAUAAUUUUUGUUAUUAUGAUAGAAGAACCUACGACGGAAGUAAUUCAAUGGGUGGUUACAACAAUAAUCAUUGAGUGGGGAAAAUAAAUUUGAAUGGUCAUCUAUAUUUUUUUUUUUAUAUAAAAAAAAAAAAUGAAGAAAAAAAAAAGAAAGACGAUCGAUUUGAAUAA